UACUUGACUCAGUCUACCUCGCGCUUUGCUCGUGAGUGGUCGCUUCGUACGUCGUUUGAGCAAUUUUAGCCGUCUUUUAAUUCGUGGGUUCGCACUGAAUAAUCUUUAAAAGUCGUGGACAACGCUGUAAAAAACUGGAUAAAGCGCUUAAUAUCUGCGCAAUUAAAGUGACUGAAGUUGGUUUUGUGUUGAAACGGUGACAGUGUAGUGGAGCUGCUCGCGCUACGUCCGUCGUCGUGCCUGAGUUGGCGUCGUCGAUUCUCGCGAGAUCCUUAAUCUCUUAAACCUAUUGCAGUUCCCUCUUUGGAGGAAGGUACCUACUUGGAACUGGGUGUGAACCCAGAUACGGUGUGUGUGGUUUUAUGUAAUCUUAUUUUAUACUGUAAUUAAAGAAACUGACAGUGGAGUUUGUGAAUUAUACGCUCAGUGUGUGUGCAACGACUGAAUUGUUUCGGAGCUAAUUAAUUUAUUUAAAAGUGCAGUGUACACUUCAACAACAAUUCUCUGAUUGUUAUGCUCUGUAAACAAGUGAUUUGUGUCAUUAUUGGAUUGUUAUCUAUUUGGAUUCCCAGCAGCUAAAUGGCCAUUGUCUUGCUGAAAACGAAACCGGAGUCAUGAACACGUCUGGGGGUCGCCAUUCACAUCAAGCAGGAUAGCUGUUAUAUAGCGAGAGGUCUAGAGGAGACGGAGUAUGGACGAGUCUUUCAGCAAUGUACUACUGGAAGGGACGCGUCAGUACUUCAUGGGACUGCCUAAACAAGCACAGGCUGACGGCUCUGGACAGCCCUUAUGGCCUACAGGUGCUACACUACCUGAAGAAGGAGCUCCAGCGCAAUCCGGCGCUCCGGCUCCCUCCUCGCGUCCACCAUCUGCUGCGGCCGCCCCACCUUCCGUCCCUAGCUCAACGCCAGUCACCGCUCCACCAAGGCCACCCUCAGAACCAAUAGAACCCGAGCCACAUAUAAUCCACAAAGCCACUGUGAUGCGCGAAGCUGCUGAAAAACGACGCGAGCAGCCCGAGAUCGAGGAUGAUGAAGAAGCCGUGGGGACGCUAUCUCCGCCUUCGCAUAUAAUCCGCAAACCUCCGCGAGCACUUCCUUCACCUGCACCUGCGCCUGCUGCUCCGUGCCCAUCCCCGGCUCGUCCACCAUCUGCUGCACCUUUACAACCUUUAGUUGCUCAAGAAUUAGAGCCCCCAUCACAGUACCGGCCGCCUGUGCACCGUGUGCAAACUCCAACAGCAAGACAACCUGAUCAUUACGCGUCAGGUAGACCACCAGAUCCAUAUCCAUCUUCACGUCCACCAGACGCUUAUGGGCGCUACCAUUACGAUUCAAAUUUGUCAGAUGGAAAUCGACACUCCCACGCACCGAUAGCUUCGCCUCAGCCUUCGACACAUUCGCGACAGAGUCCACAAACAUAUGCAAGGUUAUCGGGGUCGAUGCCGCAACACAGCGCAUCGAGGUUGCGCGAUGUAGCGGCGCAAAGUCCACCUACACAACGAUAUCAAAUGCAGCCUGCGCAACCGCCGCCUCCACCUAACGAUCGCGUACCACCAAUACAUCAUCCGCAACCUGUGCCUCCAGCACAAAGACAUUCUACUGAAAACCGAUCAGCACAAAUACAAUAUUCGUCUCUUCAGCAACGCCGUGAAACAUCACCUUAUGCGCGGUCCUCUCAUUACGAUAGGCAUCCAGUAGUUCCUCAACGAAAAUAUGAUCAUCAGCAAGCGUAUCCAAGUUACCGGCCUUCAUCUGUCACGCAGCCUGUUCAAAGUCAUCGCGUCGAUACGCAUCAAGUUCAGUAUAAACACGCAUCAAUAGAAGCUAUGAGCGCACAUUAUUCAUCACGAUCACAAGAGCGUUCACCAGUGCCAAUUCCACCGCAUCCACACGAUGCAGCACGUUUAGCACUACGUACUGAUUACUCAACGAUGAACAGGCCUGUGGACACCAGAAAUAGCUACCACUAUCCUACUUCUUCUCCAUCAACAUCUAGAUAUGGACCUAGUGCACCUAUUCCAGUUCAAAACUCUUCACAGCCUAGAACAAUUUACCGUCCAGCAGCUGCACCUAAAACCAGUUACGACUAUACUCCAUCAACACCCGUCCAAACAUCACCUGCGCGAUCAACAUUAAAACCCGGGUAUCCAAAUCAAGCGCGCAUGACGGUAUCCGUAACGUCAUUGGUAAAUCAAAUGAAUCAAACUAAACAAAAGCAAGAAAUACCAUCGGCUGCAACGCAGAUAAAUGCAACUAAACAAAAACGCGAGUCGCCGUUAGAUUUAUCAGUAAAAACAGUUAAAAACUCUGCCGACUCAUCGACAACUCAAGAUGAAGCAAUAGAUUCAGCAGCGGAAAGUAAAGUAAUGACUCUGGCGCAUCGUCCCUCUUCUAGCAGUCGUCAUGCGCAUUUGCCUACCACAAGCUACGUAGCAUCUCAUAAAGUUGAUUUUGCACCAAAUUUUACGCAGUACGGAGAUAGAAAUACUACGCACGGAUACGGUACGAUUGCACAAUCGCAACCUGGACAAAAUUCAAUGCGAUAUAAUGGUGGGUAUGAAAAUCGUCGAGCAGUGGCAGAAGCUUAUCCAAUUGAAUCUCCUCAUCAUUAUCAAGAGCGUAGUGUUCCAGUAAGAGCUGACUAUGUUCCUAAAAUUGAUUUAACGAGGUCUGUUACUGAUCAACGUAUCCCUGAAAAUAGAGUUCGGGAUGACCGGCAUUUUAUCAUAGAAGAAAGAAAACGGCCUGCAGGUCCAAUUGUUAGUAACAUUCCGGAGAAGAUAGUCCGUUAUGAAACGUGGACAGCUGACAGCCGGAUAGAUCAUCUAAAUCAAUCCGCUCGAGAACAGCGAGAACUCAUGAAACAACCGGUAUAUAGCUAUAGCAGAUAUAAGCAAUUAGAGGCUUAUCAAAAUGAACAAAAACGACCGGCAAUAUCGGGCGUCUACCGUGAACAUCACAGUCACGCAAGUCAUAGGUACCCCGGUAACUUAUAUCAUCCCGAAUUAAUGGUUCGUGAAACUAGUGAAUACCACGCUCACUAUCAUACUGACAGAAAUUCAUCUGCUAAUAGUCGUCAUCACGUUAUUCAGAAGAUUCCGAACCAUAGAGACAUGAAUCCGCAUCAUUUUGAUACCUCCAGUGGAAUUCCGGCUGACAAAAGGGUAUUAAGCAUUCUUCGAAACAGUUUAGAAACUAAACAAACUGGUUUCGUUGAACCACCUAGGCAAGCCAAGCAGAUACCAGAUCUCAUCGUUAUAGAUGACGCAGAAGACUCAGUGAUAGAUAUAACUGACCUCACAAAAGAUAGUGAAAUAGAUACAGUAUCGAAAGUCGUUCUGAAACCCCAGAACCACAUUACCCCUAAUUUAAAUCAGCAUAUACAAAUGCCUAGAGCUGUAGAUUCCAUUUCACGCGAUUCAGACUAUAACAGUCCAGAACCCAAACCUAAAUCCCCAGAAAAUGAUGUUGCUUCUCGAAUUAGAACCAAAGCGGAAUUAAAAGUAAUGCCACCUUCACAAGAUGCGAUAAACAAAGUUGAAACCAAACAAACAACACCUGACAGUGAAAAACUUAAAUUACUUCCAAGAAAAACACAUCUUUUUAACCAAAUCAGGGAAGAUAACUUAAGGUUAGAAUCUGUUAUAAAAAACGAAGAGCAGGCAGAAACAAUUAUGCCGGAAGUCAAAACUGAACCCAUGAAUAUUGAAGAAAUAGAAAAGGAUGCUGAAAUAUUUAUUAAAACGGAAAAUAUUUUAGAAAAUUUGGAGCCUCCUGUUCCAGAACACAGUAAUGAAGCUCCAGCAGAAGACUUAGACUGGGCUAAUGCUUGCGAUAGCUUUAUGGAACAGUUAAAAACUGGAUGUCAUAAAAAGAAAAACUACAAAAAGCGAAUCGAUAACCCAGACAGUGAAAAUGAUAAUAAAGGGGAACAGUCUCAUAGUAUUGACUCUCUUGAAUCUGAACAAAGUAGUCAAAAACCCAUAACUGAAAUAACGACACCAAUUAACAUAAAACAAGAGCCAAUAGAUGAAGAUGAAGUUCACCAUGAAAUAGAUGUUAUAGAAGCGGAUGUAUUAGAAUCUGUUUCCGGAGAUAAACAGAAUAAAAUGGAAAAAUGUAAGAAAGAUAAAGAAAAAGACAACGAUAAGCCGAUGAAAGUUAAGAAGUCUAAGGUGAAAACUGAAGGCAAUGACACAUCACUACAAAAUAAAAAAGAAACAAAGGAAAAGACGGCUAUCAAAACUGUCAUCAAAGAAGAAACGGAAUCAACAGAUGAUGAUGAGCCUCUUAUUAAGAGUAAAAUUUUAAAAGAAAAAGAACAAAGUGAACGCCUUAAGUACCAAUUGUUAAAGGACUUGUCUGAAAAAUCUGCGUAUGUCAAACUCGAGUGCUGUGAUGUAGAUGUUAAUAAGAAUACUAGAAAAUCAAUUGAUUCAAGUUAUCUACAAAAAGACAAAGAAGAGAAAGUAGGAAGGUUAAAAUUAACCAGACAAGUAUCCAGAUCUAAAGGAAAAUUGUCAACAGAAAAACAAGAUGUGCAUUCAAGUUCUGACAGUGAUGAUGACGAUAUCAGUGUAGCUAGAAGGCUAAGAACGCGUAAGAACACUAAAAGCGAGGAAUCUAAAGCUACACAUACGCCAAAAACCCCUGUUAAAUCUUCACCUUUAAAAAAAAUUGACAACAGCAGCGCCAGUAGUAGUUCGACACCAGUCCGAAAACCUACUUUUGGGGAUAACUCAUAUUUCCAUCCUGGAUGGGAAGAAGAACUAUACAAGUAUAAACGUUCUCUUCGAAUGCCUACAAGACUUAUCGCCAUACCUAGGGGCCGUUCUGGAGGUCCUUUUGGUAGGGCUUCAGGAGCUAUAUUUACACGCGGAUCUACAUCACUUCCUGAUUUAGAUCCUGCCCCACUAUCCCCAGCGCCUUCAUCGGUACCAUCAGCUGCUACAGAUGAUUUGUACGCGCGACGUCCGGAUAAGCUUACGCUGGACAGUGAUUUAGAUUCAAACUCAAGCUAUUCAGCACCAAACAAGUUACAUUACGACUCUGAGGCAUCAACAUCCACGGUUCUAUCUUCAAAAAUAAAAAAGAAAAGUAGUUCAAUAGUUGAUGUUCUUAUUCAAAAAUGUGGCAGAAAAGAAGAUAAGAAAGAAAAGAAGAGCAAAGACAAGGAUGACAAAACGCCUAAAAUCAUAUCUAAAAAGUCUACAAGCGAUUUACUUCCUACGCCCAGCUUGGGUUUAGUUAAAAAUGGUAAUAAAGGUAGUUAUAAUGUAAAAAAAGAAAAGUUAAUGGAAGACAUAUUUUACUUAGGUGCUUUUAGGAAAGAGACUGUUACAGCGUUCAGAAAUUCGUUUAUUAAAGAUACAGAUGGUCUUAUAGGUGCUACUGAAGAAUUUGCACCAGUAGUUUUAAAAUCAAGGACAAGAACCGAAAGUCGCGUCUUAAAACAGCGAGCUACAAUCAAAGAAGUAUUUGGAGAUGAGCGACCAGCCUCAGCACCGCCAACCUCGUGUCGAGAUGAUGACCUUUCAGAAACAAAAGAGACAAAUGUUGUAGAAAUAAAAAAAGAACCUGAACCAAAGCCCAAGUUCAAACCCAGAAAAAUAGUACAGGAUAAACUAAAAAGGAGAUCUAGUUCCAUAAGGGAUGGCCUCAGAAGUACUAAGUCAUUAAAAAGGAACGAUGCCAAAGGACGACUUAUGCGUUUAAAAAAAAGAAACAGUAUAAUGAAAUCCCUAAAUAAUAAGAGAAUGAAAGAAAUGUCUGCAAAAAAGCAUAAAAAUGAAAACACGUCUCAAGAAGAAAAAGAUAAAACUAAAGUUGUAAGUAGUUCCUCAGGUCCAUCUGAAGGGAAUACCAAAAGACGAUUAAAACGUCUUUUUGGAAGAAGAAAAUUUAGUUCUGGAUUUGAUUAUAUACGAAAAAAGAAAAAAAUCAUUCGGAGAGAAGAACCAACAACCAAAAUUCGUAGGCCUGCUCCUAAACCAAGUCCCGAAUCAGUCCAUGACAUCCACAAAGAAAUCAAAGGGUGGUUUAUUAACAAAAGUAUUGGAGAAACUCAUCUUCACCGUGCUGCUAGGUUAGGAUACACAGAUUGUGUUGCUUACUGUUUAGAGAAGAUGGAAUCUGACCCUUCAGCAAAAGAUAAUGCCGGUUUUACUCCAUUACAUGUGGCAUCGGCUAAGGGUCAUGUCAGAAUAGCUCGUCUGCUUCUACAGUACGGUGCUAACGUGUCAGCGGCUGCUCAAGGAGGAAUAAGACCUCUACAUGAAGCCUGUGAGAACAGCCACGUAGAAAUUAUACGUUUACUUCUUGCCUACGGUGCAGAUCCAUUGCUCGGUACUUACGCCGGACAAACACCAGAAGAACUUACAGAGGGUCCUGCUGCAACGCUCUUGAGAUUGCACAUAGCAGACGUUCAGGGUAACGCUAUUGAACCCUGGCGAUUUCCACCCCUCACCGAAAUCAUAGAUCGCGAAGAAAUCGGUUGUGAUCCAUUGUCGUCACCGCCACCAGCCUCCCCUCCUCCACCACCGGAUUCGAUGAUAGAGAUCCAGUGUACUGAAGCGCCUUUGCCACCUUUUUACAGUCUCAGAACUGCUACUGGUCAACCAGCUGACGGUUUAUGGUGCCUACUCCAGGAUAUAACCAACCUUCUACAGAUUAAAUCAAAAGAGAGUCUUCUAAAGCAAAUUCACUGUGGAUCGGGAUCACCAAAAGAAUUAUUGCGAGAGAUACGUACUCAAGAAUUCCUGGAACGGGCGCAAUGCCACCAGCUGCUCUGCGCUGGAGAAAAGGUGAACGUGCGUGCAUCUAAAGUGGCGCUAGUCCGAGUCACCGACAAACUACGACAACUGCUCAAGAUUGAGACCAUACUUGUUAGCUGACACUAGGAUAUGCUGUAAGGCCAUUGGUUGAACAAAUAACGAAUGCUCAUUAAUAUUACAUAGCCAAGGCCUACAUAAAUUCAAUAUGGAAGUAUCACAUUUUCCUAUUAGUCUUUAUUGCAUUGUAGAAAUCGUACAUUUUCAAAUAGAUUUUAAUGUGAUAUUAUUAAUGUAAUUGUUGUUUUACAGUAAUAUUUAUUGGUGUUCGCAAUUAUACCAGAAUAGAAAAAGCACUUGACACUAUAUAGUCAGACAUUUCUGAUAUUAUUUAACUACUUGUGACAAGGCGAUGUUAAGACAUGUUAUGGGGUUUGUAAUACGGUUACUACAAUAGUGAUCGAUUUUAGAAAAAAGUAAAUAAUACUGAGUAUGCAUGUUUGACUGGAGACGGCUCAAUAACGAGAUCUUAAUACCAAGCUUGACUGAUUAUGGUAAUGUAACAGGUAUCUCAUAAUGAAGAACAAUAUUAUAAAAAUCGUUUCAUGAGACUGUGUAUUAAUAAGGCAGCCAUUUCAUAAUAAUCAAUUUAUUUUCUAUCAUUCUUAAGUGUCUGGCUUGUAAGAUGUUGUGUAUACCUACUGAACAACUUGUGUAAAUAUUGUAAAUAGUUUUAUAGAUAUUAUGCGUAUAGAUGUUGCUUUAAAUGUUCGAUAUUCUCAUGGGUGCUAUUUAAUGUUGGUGUACGGUGUAUUGGGUAGAUAGGUGAAUAAGUAAUGAACGCUGCGGCGAGAUGAUUAGUAUAAUUAUUUUAUAAAUAAGAAAUUAACGACAUGUAGUUACCACACUGUUAAUUGUAAGGCGUUAGCAUAAUCUUAUACUGUGUGUGCAAUAGUAUACGUGGUUAUUCAUGAACAUUGUAGUUUUAUGUAUUUGGAGUGAAGAUAUCAAGUCACAGGGUUGGAUGGCCUUAAUCACACGACUGUUGUACUUAAUCAUCAAACAUGAACAAGUGCAAUGAGAAUCGUAUGCAACUAGACUAUUGAAUGUUAUCUCGAGCUCUUGGACAAGUUCUUAUAUAUCUGGGGGUAGCAGUCACAUUUUCUUUAUCACAUCACCUAUGAACUGUUAUAAUCAUGUAACAUUUUGAGAUUAUGCUAGUAACUUCUUUAUCAAUUUUUAAUUUGGCAUUUUUUGUUCUUGUUAUGUUUGCUAAUAUUGUCACUCCAAGAUAUUUUUAUUAAUAUUGUACAAUAUUUUACCUUAAUUCUAAAAUGAGUUAUGUUGUUAUAUUUAUACAGUCCUAUAAAAUUAGGAGAAUUUAUUAAAUCAUAUUACGCAUAUCGGAAAAAUAAAAGUAACACUGUAAAUAAGAUGAAAGUGUAAACAAAUUAUUUUUUAACUUAUUUUGAAGUGGCAUAUAACUGUUUUAAAUCAUGCCGACGAUAUCUAAUUUAUUAAAUACAUGGUAUAUAUAAUGAUAAUAUUGGUCAGUUUUUGGUCAGGAUACAUUAUAUUUCUAUACAAUAUUUUGGGACUCUGUAUGAAUGUAGCAGUAUCAUAAAUGCAGUAGUCAAGGCCAUGUUCCGCCCUACCUAUCUAUUUAUUUCUUUGUGAGAGCAAGAAACGAAGAAGUACAUUAUUGAUCUGUGAUGAAAUAUUAUUAGGAGAAUUAUCUAUCUUGAGUGCGGAAAAAUGGAAUGAAAAUAAUUAAUAAUAAUAAUUUUUGGUGUAAAUGUAACCAUUGAUUUACAGAAUUGUGUACUUUUCUGAAUGGUAUCAAAAUCGUAUAAUGUUUUUCUGUAUUAGCUAUACUCUACAGUAUAAGUAUUACUAUAAAUAUUGACUCUUAUUUCUUGUUGAUAACAUGGAAAAUAAAAUGUGAACAAUA